AGCGGGGGGUGGCGAGCACUGCAGGGAAAUUGGCUCUCAGUCCGACUUUCUCCUGCUGGCUGCUUCCUGCUUUCUGUUGAGAGCUCUGCUCAUUAUCCACCCAGUCAAUUUUAAUUCCGCCCUCAGCACUUCACCGAACAGCAGCGACGGUUCAGUCGGUGUGAGGAGCGGCCAAGAUGGAAAGUUGUAACGUACCUGUAUCACUCCUGUUCGCCGUCUUGUCUCUCUGCUCUGUGUCGGGAGACCACGCAGAUUCCCACAGCUUGAUAUAUUUCGCCACCUCCUCCCUCAGUGUCCCUGACCUGCCAGACUUCGCCAGGGUUGGGAUGUUGGAUGAUCUGCAGAUAGAUUACUACGACAACUCCCUCGAAGAAGUGGUACCCAGGCAGCAGUGGAUUGCGAAUGGCUUCACGGCUGAGUACUGGGCACGGCAGAAGAUGAUCGCAGACAUCAUUCACACGAUUGUGUCUAAACAAUUGGGAACACAUGCCCAAUUGCUCGGUAUCACCUACUUCCAGACGAUUUGGGGCUGCACACAGUCUGAAAAUAUGAACCAUCUGUUUGUAAAGUUUAGCAUCCAAGACCUCGGUGCGAUUGAGUGUGAUCUGGUCACAGUGAACUGUUCCGCCACUGGUAUCUUUAUAAUCUUGAACGAUCCAAGCACCUUACAGCCUUUCGUUAAUAAUGUUGCAGUUCAAACAGUGAACAACAGCUGCAUUCCAGACUUGCGGGAAGCUCUUCAGCUUGGUGAGGCGGCACUCGAGAGGAGAGUUGUUCCAGGGGUGACAGUGUUGAAAAGGGACAAAGGUGAGGGGCUCCGAUGUGUCAUCACUCCCUUUUACCCCCGCUCCAUCAACGCCACUUGGCUGAGGAAUGGACAGGCCGUCUCCAAUGGCAUAAACAAGAUCCUUCUACCAAACCACGAUGACACGUACAGGAUGGAACUGCUCAUCGAGCUACACGGCCAAGAUCCAAAGAUGUACAGCUGUCAGGUCCAGCACAGCAGCCUGCCAGAGACGCUGACAAUGACACUGAGGGGAGGUGUUGGUGGGCCACGUGAUGCAUUUGGAGCUAGUUACAUGCUGGUGCUCGUGGCUACGCUUGUGAUGAUCAUUGGAACAUGGUAGAGACGAGGAGCAAUGAGGAGAGAGGUCAGGUGUGAUAACAGAUGAACAUCCGGUCCUAAUCCGAAUACUGGAUGAAGCUUCUACCUGUUACAAUGAUGAGUGGCUGUAUACCUCAUCAAGAGGGGUCUCCACCCGAAAUGUCGCCUAUUCAUUUUCUCCGGAGAUGUUGUCUGACUUAUAACCAUAUAACCAUAUAACAAUUACAGCACGGAAACAGGCCAUCUCGACCCUUCUAGUCCGUGCCGAACACAUAAUCUCCCCUAGUCCCAUAUACCUGCGCUCAGACCAUAACCCUCCAUUCCCUUCCCAUCCAUAUAACUAUCCAAUUUAUUUUUAAAUGAUAAAAACGAACCUGCCUCCACCACCUUCACUGGAAGCUCAUUCCACACAGCUACCACUCUCUGAGUAAAGAAGUUCCCCCUCAUGUUACCCCUAAACUUCAGUCCCUUAAUUCUCAUGUCAUGUCCCCUUGUUUGAAUCUUCCCUACUCUCAGUGGGAAAAGCUUUUCCACGUCAACUCUGUCUAUCCCUCUCAUCAUUUUAAAAACCUCUAUCAAGUCCCCCCUUAACCUUCUGCGCUCCAAAGAAUAAAGCCCUAACUUGUUCAACCUUUCUCUGUACCUUAGUUGCUGAAACCCAGGCAACAUUCUAGUAAAUCUCCUCUGUACUCUCUCUAUUUUGUUGACAUCCUUCCUAUAAUUAGGCGACCAAAAUUGUACACCAUACUCCAGAAUUGGCCUCACCAAUGCCUUGUACAAUUUUAACAUUACAUCCCAACUUCUAUACUCAUGACUUGCUGAGUUACUCCAGCUGUUUGUGUCUAUCUUCAGUUUAAACCAGCAUUUGCAGUUCCUUCCUCUUCAUCAAGCUUAGUGUUGCCUCCAGUGUAGUGACUGGUUACUGAGUCUUCUGAUACUUUGCAACAAACUCUUUAAGCAAUGCUUCAACUUUUUGUUACAUUUCACUCAGAAUUUAAUUUUGAUGUUUGAGGUUUUCAUCUUAUAGAGUCAUACAGCCCUGCGGCCCAUCUCGUCCAUUCUGGCCAAGAUGUUCCAUCUGAACUAGUCCCAUUUGCUUGCGUUUGGCCCUUAUCCCUCAGAACCUUUCCCACUGAUCUACCUGCCCAAGCGUAAUUCAAAUGCUGAAAUGGUACUUGCCUCAACUACCUUUUUUUAAUUUCAAAAUAGACUUUAUUCAUUGAUAAAUAUAUACAAUUCCUGAACCAUUCAAACAAACAAAAUUCAUCCGACAUUUUCGGAGACUAUACAAGUUUUUUCAGUACAAUUUUUUUACAUUUUUCAAAUUUCACCAAACAGUCCCCCACCCGUGCCACUCUGUGGCCCCCUGGCGUGGGAUACCUUCCCUUAAUUUAAUUUGAGGGGCGUCUCCACCAUACCGUGCCCCCCAUGUCCAGCAGCGGAAGGACCCUAGACUGUGGCCCUCCCCCACCGAGCCUUGGCGUUGGCUGCACCAAGCUUCAGCGAGUCCCUUAGCACGUACUCAUGCAGUCUGCAGUGGGCCAGUCGGCAACAUUCCCUGACGGACAUCUCGCUCUGCUGGGUGGUGAGCAACGCUACUACCUCUUUUACUUAAUUUUAGUCGGAGCAUGAAAACAGGUCCCACCGAGUCCAAGCCGACCAUUGAUCACCCCAUACACUAACACUACCUCCGCACUGGGGUCAAUUUACAAAAGCCAAUUAAUUUACAUACCUGUAUGUCUUUGGAGUGCGGGAGGAAACCGGAGCACUCGGAGAAAAUCCACAUGGUCACAGGGAGAAUGUACAAACUCCCUUUAGACAGCACCCAUAGUCAGGAUUGAACCCGGGUAUUUAUCUGGCGCUGCAAGGCAGCAAUUCUAUCAUUGUGCCACUGUGCUGCCCAGGGCCCCUACUCCGGCAGCUUGGUCCAUAUACCCACCACCCUCUGAGGGAGGAAGGUUCCCACAGGUUUCUAUUAAGUCUUGCCCCUCUCACCUUAAACCUAAGUCCACUGGUUCUUAAUUCACUUUCAAGGACUGCUUGAGAUGAGCUGCUCCUCCCCAAUUUGGCAACAGCAUUGGGAGUACUCCAUUGCUGGUGUGGUGCAUGUCAGACCAUUGCUGCCAGAUUUGUGUCCAGAAGGCAAUGUGAUGUGACAGAGCAGAGAAAGCUUUACGGGGCAUUUGGAAAUGCAUCGUUGGAAGUGGGAAUACAGAAUGACAACACUUUCUACUCAAGUAGACCUCUAUCCCCAAUUGGAGACUGCCAGUGUUGUUUAAAAUGUGAGCAGAACCCAGUAGAUAUUUGCUCAAAGAUAGACACAAAAUAACCAUAUAACAAUUACAGCACGGAAACAGGCCAUCUCGACCCUUCUAGUCCGUGCCGAACACAUAAUCUCCCCUAGUCCCAUAUACCUGCGCUCAGACCAUAACCCUCCAUUCCCUUCCCAUCCAUAUAACUAUCCAAUUUAUUUU